CACACCCUAGUUCAGGAGAGCGGGCCAUUUUCUGCACUCUGCAAAUCCCUCACCAAUCUGAGCAAGUUGUCUGGGGAGUUGGUUGGGGGGAACCCGAAUCAAGGAAGGUUCAGGUAUGAACCUUGUCCGCCGACAAGCGGUUGUCCGCCGACAACCAGGGACUCCGGGAGAAUAAACGACAGCCGGACAACGUAGGGGCAUCCACCUCUCCAAGUUCGGCCCAGGGCAGGUGGAAGCUAAACGGAUGCGGAGGAUGGAAGAAAAGAGAGUGUCCAGGCCUCAGGCAUGGCGAUGCCCUAAGGCCGGCGUGGCGGUGACAGUGGUAUCCGGAGAGUCUUCCUGGGCAGCGCAGCGGGGGCUGGAGGCCGGGCGGCUCCCGGCGUGGGCAUCCGGGUAGGAAGGAGUGUCCUGGGCUAGGCAGGGCGGGUUUCCGUUCGCCGUGGCUGCGCGGGCAGAGUCGGCAGUGCGGGACCGCGCCACCGGCGCACACUCUCAGGUGCCGACAGCUCGGCUGCGCGCGGAGAGGCGGCUGGCUGUCCGCACCCGGCCGGGAUGAGGUACAGAGGACCCCUACCGCGAUCCUCUGGGGGUUCUCCGCGGCGCGAUAAUUUACUGCUCUCGCGAUAUUUUCAGAGAUUCCCGUCGUAGCCCCCGCUUAUGCGGUUACCAAGGCAACUGGGCGGCACCGGCGCGAGCGGGAAGGCGGAGUACGUCGAAUUUUUGUAGGCUAGCCUGGAGACUUAAGGAGUGGCCCUCCCUGAGCUUCCAGUCCCAGAGACCACGGCCUCUGCUCCAGGAGGUAACCCUUACCCAGGGGGCCAUGGGUCGGAUCUCGGGACUCGUGCCCUCUCGCUUUCUGACGCUCCUGGCGCAUUUGGUGGUCGUCAUCACCUUAUUUUGGUCGCGGGACAGCAACAUCCAGGCCUGCCUGCCUCUCAAGUUUACCCCUGAGGAAUAUGAAAAGCAGGACAUGCAGCUGGUGGCAGCGCUCUCUGUCACCCUGGCCCUCUUUGCAGUGGAGCUGGCCGGUUUCUUCUCAGGAGUUUCCAUGUUCAACAGCACCCAGAGCCUCAUCUCCAUUGGGGCUCACUGUAGUGCAUCUGUGGCCCUAUCCUUCUUCAUAUUUGAGCGUUGGGAGUGCACCACGUACUGGUACAUUUUUGUCUUCUGCAGUGCCAUCCCAGCCGUCACCGAAAUAGCAUUAUUCAUCAGCGUCUUUGGGCUGAAAAAGAAACCUUUCUGAUACCUUCGUGACUGGAAGUAGGGAUGAAGGCUGGAGAAGCGAGGGACCACUCACCGUUCCUGGAAGAAGGGAACCAUAGACUUCAGCCCUCCCCCUAAAACUGCAUUUGGUGGAGGAUGUCAGUGUUAGGGUAAUUGUCUCUCGAGUCUGGAGUUAUGAGUUUUGUUUACAAUUCUUUGUAAAAAAAAUAUAUUUUAGGGUAAGAUCAAGACUUACUGGAAUUCGUGGCAGUACAGUGGUUAGGACUCUGCGCUUCCACUGCAGGGGGCGCGGGUUUGAUCCCUGGUCGGGGAACUAAGAUCCCGCAUGCCGCGCAGCGUGGCCAAAAAAAAAAAAAAAAAGAUAGAUCAAGACAUAAAAAUUUCAGGAGAAAAUUGGGGUGGCCAAUCUACUAUAGAAACGGAACAGUCUUGCACUCUAAGAUACUAGAUGUCGCUUUUAUUUUGGUUAUUACGGUAGCUUUCUGGCGGAAGGGAGUGGGCGGGGAUAUGUAAAUAAAGUGAGGCGGCCGGGUAGGACAGCAGGCUCUUAAGUGAGUGGAGCGUUCUGGGAGGAAUUAGCCUAUGCUUUUUUGACGCCAAAUGCAAAAAUAUAUUUUAUAACAUCUGCAAAUAAAUGUAGCAACAGAAAUGGAAGAACCUAGAUAGCUUUAGGUUGCUCAGGGUAACGUGUUGGGUUCUCACCCUCGCUGAAAGUGGAAUCUUUUUCCCAGAGUACGGAAUGCCCCACAGUUUUCUGUAUCGUCAGGUAGGAUAAUCCUUACCUGUUUCUCCUUUUGGAGAGCAGAAUGGAAUAUGAUGAUUGGAGCACGCAUGAUUUCGUGAUUAACGGCUGUGCGUAAUCAGGCUUUGCAACAUCCUGAUUGCUCCUCUCUGAUUCUUUCUGACGAUCUUUAUCUGUAGUGUGGUUCUUUCCACGGGUAAUAGUUAAGUGUUUUUAGCGGUAUGGUAUGCUUAUUGAGAGAAAAAACCGACGUGUUAUUCGUGUCCAGAGCACAAGAGUUUCUUGGGAUUUGUUAGUAAUGAGAUGUAUUUUUUGGAAGGAGAAAAUUUAGAGUUUUUUUUGUUCUUCUUUGGAGAGGUCGUGUAGCGGUAAUUCUUAGGUAUAUGUUAAAUACUACGGUAGUAGGUGCUGGUUAAUGUUAUUUUUUAAGUUUCUAAUGACGUGUUAUGUGUCCUUGGGUUUUUGAGGAGUGGGUUUUCUGUAUUUGUUAUGGUUUUAUUCUGGCAGUAUUAGUUUCGAAUCUUUAAUUUCGCUCUGCUAGGAGUUCCCUUGUAGUGGAAUUUUUCUUUUAAGAACCUGUUGAAGCUUCUGUUUUCAGUCGAUAGUGUAGGUAAGAGUACCCUGUUUUUGCUUGGUAGUUUAUAGAAAGAAUACGUUCAAAAAGAAGUUAUUGAAACGCGCUGUUAGGUGUUGUGAAAACUACAGGAGUCGAAGGUUUGGUCUUGUCAUGGGGUGAGUAUAUUUAUUUGCAAGCUCACGUUUUCAAGAGAAGGGUUGUUGUGUGUUGGGAAAGUUUUGUUCGUACAUUUCAGUUUUAAAAGGUGGAGUCCAGGCCUUUUUUUUUUUUUUAAGCUGUACGCGGGACUCUCACCGUUGUACCGUUGUGGUCUGUCUCGUUGCGGAGUACAGGAUCCAGACGCGCAGGCUCAGCGGCUAUGGUUGAGAGGCCCAGCCGCUCCGCUGCAUGCGGGAUCUUCCCGGACCGGGGCACGAACCCGCCUUCGUCUGUAUCGGCAGACGGACUCUCAACCACCGCGCCACCAGGGAAGCCAAAAACACAUGCAAGGAGAUGUUUUCUGGUGAUGCCCUGCAGGUGAUUCCUGUACGUAGAUAACUUUUUCCUAGCUCUCUCUGUUUUCUGGCAGCGCUUCUUUAUGGAUACUAGUACUGUAUGCUGUAGUAGGCACUGAGGGAGUAGAUGUUUGAUCCUCGGCCAUCACAGAUAUUGCGGCUCAUGGAAAGAGACAGAAGUGUGUGGUACUCCCAGAGUAGUUUAGUUCUAAAUUGUUAUAAAAGCUGCAGAGGCGAUUUACAGGUGCUACGAAGGAGUGAUGAAAUUGCCGAAGGUGGCAGGAGUGCUGCUUCUCAGGAGCUGUUUGAGUGAGGUCCUCGAGUGUGGCUGGAGCAGAGAAAAAAGGGAGCAGGUUGUCCGCGAGGAAAAAAAGGUGGACCUUUGCAACGUCACGGGUUCGAGCCUUGGCUCAGGAGGAUUCCACAUGCCGCGGAGCAACUACACCCAUUAGCCAUAACUACUGAGGCUGAGCGCUGGAGCCUACAAGCCACAACUCUUGAAGCCUACACGCAUUAGAGCCUAUGCUCCGCAACAAGGGAAGCCAUGAAGCCACGACAAUGAGAAGCCCACGCACUGCCACAAGGACCCAACACAGCCAAAAAUAAGUUAAUUAAUUAAUUAAUUAAAAAAGAAUCUUCGGGCUUCCCUGGUGGCGCAGUGGUUGAGAGUCCGCCUGCCGAUGCAGGGGACACGGGUUCGUGCCCCGGUCCGGGAAGAACCACGCGGAGCGGCUGGGCCCGUGAGCCAUGGCCGCUGAGCCUGCGCGUCCGGAGCCUGUUGCUCCGCAACGGGAGAGGCCACAACAGUGAGAGGCCCGCGUACCGCAAAAAAAAAAAAAAAAAAAAGAA